UCACACGGCGGGACAGGCUUGAUGCUAGUAACUCAAAGUGCCACAACAGUGUGGCGUUAUCUUUGACUGGUUUGGGAGAACCAAAUAUUUCUCAGCUCACAGGACACAUUACAAGGCAACGCUCCAGUGUUGGAGUUUUCUCCGUGUUUAAGAUGUGCUCUCUGGCGCUUUUCCCUCCGCCGCUGCCCUACGGACAGAGCACGCUGUGCGAGUCCAACAACGAGCUGCUGUCCGGAACCAACGUCGAAGACGGACAAAACCAGGAGUCCAGUCCUCUGAGUCUGUAUUUCCCCCGGGAGUCUCUGAAGCUCCACAGUCGCACGGAAAGCAGCAGCAAGGCAGCAUUUCUGGAUCACUCUGAGACACUGUGGAUGAGGAGUGCAGCAGCAUGGAGGGAUGGUGGUUUGACAGGUUUACUGACUGAAAUUACCAAUUCAUAUACAGAGGUGCCUAAAUGGCUGUCAAUGAGUUCUGGUUGCACCCUGGCGUUACUGCGAUCAGUCUCCUCUCUUCACGGUUCCUUGUUUCCUCAUCUCACAUUGAGCAGUGAGGACAUGAUAGCCGAGUUUUCGCAAGUGCUGGACUGGUCUGACUGUGUGGUGAGAGCCUUUGCCUGGCAUCCUCAUGCAGAUAAAUUUGCUUUAGCCCUGCUGGACGACUCCAUUAAGAUCUACAACCCCAAAAGUGCCACAACUCCUACACUUAAGCACCGUCUUCAGAGAAGUGUGGCAGCAGUGCAGUGGAAGCCGCUGUGUGCAUCUGCUUUGGCUGUCGCUUGUCAAAACUGUUUACUAGUCUGGCAUGUGGACCCUUGCUCACUGUCAACCAGACCUUCAUCUGGUUGUGCUCAAGUUUUAUCUCAUCCCGGUCACUCCCCAGUCACUUCCAUUGCCUGGUCUCCAAGUGGGUCUCUUCUUGUGUCAGCCUCACCCGUGGACACUGCAGUAAUGAUUUGGGACGUGGCUGCAGAAAGCUGUGUGCCACUUCAGCGAGUUGGAGGAGGCGGGGUCACCUUCCUGUCCUGGUCCCCUGACGGCAGCCAUGUUCUGGCUUCUACUCCGUCUGCCCUGUUCAGGGUUUGGGAGACCAGGAUGUGGACCUGCGAGCGAUGGCCAUGUGUGAAAGGUCGCUGCCAGUCUGGCUGUUGGAGUCCAGAUGGGAGUCGACUUCUCUUCACCGUGCAGGGGGAGACGGUCAUAUACGCUCUGACGUUCACUGACACACCAGCAGGCAUUCCUUCAAGCACAUCUAAAGGGCCACAGGCAGCAUCUGUGGUGGCUGACCUAUCAGAGACAACCUUUACCACAGCAGAUGGUGACAUCAUUGUCGGUGGAGAGAUCCAGUCUUUGGUCUGGGAUCCGAGAGGAGAGAGGCUUGCUGUGCUUCUUAAAGGCGAUUCACAGUCAACAGACCGGCCUGCAAUCAUAGCAGUGUUCAAGACAAGAACCAGCCCCAUUUUUGAACUUUUGCCAUGUGGUUUUGUUCAAGGGGAGCCUGAUGCUGAGCCGAGACUGAUGCAGUUCCACCCCAAUUUUCAGCAUGGUGCUUUGCUCACUGUGUGCUGGUCCACUGGAAGAAUUACCCAUGUGCCUUUUUACUUCCUGAGUGCUGGAGUCCCUCAUUUUGGACUGAGUGGCAGUCCAUUGCUGCCACGCCCACAGGAUGGGCCUUCUGUCUUGGCUGGUCAAUCGCUGUUUUCGGAGUUACUCUCUUGACCAACCGUCACUCUCCAUCACACACUCACUUGAGUUACUUUUGUAAUCAUGGAUUGUCAAUAAAUGUCUACAAAUUCUUGCUA